CUUUGUCUUGUUUUUCUUGUUCUAUAUCUUAGUUUUCUGCGCUUUAUCCUGUGGCUGCAUACGCAAGAAUUUCCCCCAGGGAUCCAGCAGUCUGCAAAUACACGUGCAGAGGUCCCUCGGCUUCUACUGAGAAGUUAAGUUCUUGAUUUACCUAAAUACGAUGUUUUCACAACAUCGUACGAAAAGGUCUAGCAACAUAGUACUGCCAUCAUAAAAACGGUGUUAUGCACAUAGCCUGUUUCCCAUCUAACAUUCACAUAACUGACAACAUGCUGUCAAAAUGCAAAGUAAACCCAAUACACAAGUUAUCACAUGGCGGACGUGGAGACACACGGACAGCUAAAAUGGCUGCUUUUUCUGAUUCCCACUCCUGUUUAUAAAGCCGUGCGUGAUACGUGACAACCUAAAAGUGAGAGAUUGUAUAUAAUUACUAACGACAGACGUUCAAAACGAUUACGGCUGGAAAUAAAAACUGAAAGUGAAAUCCAGUCCCAGGGGUUUCUCAGAGCGAGCGUGUGACGUAUAUUAUGUGCGACGGUAGUUUCAGCGGACACGUGAGGACUGCCGUUGCCGUGAGCUCUUCAGAUGCUUUAAAUCAGCCUUCUCGCCGUUUUCAGUGUCAUUUUGUUCAUAACAGUGAACAUCACUGUCACUAAAGCCAUGAAAAGGAUUAAAGCUGACCGCACCUACGAAUGAUACGAACUAGUUGAACUGGAUCUACAGAGGAAAACGAGUCAUAUAUAAACUGUAUGAUAACAUAAAUACAAGUAUAUAAUUGCCAAAUGGAGGAUGGGAAAUUAUUACAUUGUAGAUAUUAAAAUUAUUUGUACAUAAUAUUGGAGCAGGACAAUGCAUUCCCCAAGAUUUAAGAUUAUAACCACUAGCAUCAACAACCUAAAAACUGAUCAGACUUCUUAUUGAUGAAUAAUAUUAAAUAUUGCCCUCCAAGCUGCAUCGUUACAUGUUUCUAGGAAGAUACACAAGAUGCUACCAGGCUACCCACAUUAUUGCUCCUUUUCCUAGCAGCGAUGGAGUCCAAGCCGUUUACCCCCGAAGAGGCGCGGCAGAUAAUGGAAUCUCUGGAGAAACCUGCCGUCUUCCUCGACAUGACCGCUGGCUGGCCGUCGCUCCGGUGGACGGCAGAGCACCUAGCCCAUGUCCUGGGGGAGAAGACAGUCCGAUUUCGCGUAGGAAAAAGGCAAGAUGACAGAAAGCCCUUGUUUGAAACACAGUGCUCAUACGUAGAGGCCACAGUGCGGGACUUUUUAUCUUGGACCAAAGGCCAGGGACCAUGUCCAGGCCCGUUCUCCGACUUUCCCCGCUCAGAGUACUGGGCUUAUGCUGACUACAAGUACAUCGCUGUUCUGUUCCAGCACAAACCCACAAUGUUCCAGGAUGUGCCGUGGUCUGACUUCGGCUACCCAGGUCGGAAUGGACAGGAGAGCACCCUGUGGGUCGGCUCGGACGGCGCCAACACCCCUUGCCACCAGGACACUUACGGGUGCAACCUGGUUUUGCAGGUCCAAGGAAGGAAAAAAUGGUACCUGUUUCCUGUUGGGGACACGUGCCAUCUGUACCCGACCCGGAUCCCAUACGAGGAGUCCAGCGUCUUCAGUCAGGUGGACAUCACACAGCCCAACUUGCGGCGGUUUCCCGCUUUUGCUAGAGCCAGGGCCCACGUCGUCACCCUGCAGCCGGGACAGGUGCUGUUUGUCCCCAGGCACUGGUGGCAUUACGUGGAGUCGCUGGACCCCGUGACAGUCAGCAUAAACUCCUGGAUUGAGAUGGAAACUGACGACACCGCGCGAGUCGGAGAGGCUCUCACCAGGACCAUCGUCUGCGCGUUAAAAACCCUGCCCAGCCCUGACAAUGCCGACGAGUGGCUCAAUCCCACUGAGGUCGAUGUCCCCACAUACGGAGAGAACCUGCGGGAUCUCAGCCUGGCCGUACAGGCGUGUGCGACGCAUCGUAGUGGUGACAGCCGUGGGCACCCUGCAGGUGGCAGCUCAUGGCCUGUGAAACGGGAUGCCCGGGGGCUGCCCAAGCACAGUGCGCCCCCUGCAGGUCCCGUACAGCACUGCCCGCCAGAUGUCAUCCCCUUCGGACCUCACCUCGUGCCGGUUGCUCAGGAGAGUGCAGACGCGCCUUCAGAUGAAGGGCCUCAAAGCGUGGAUGAGGAGACGGACAAACUCACUGAGGUUACUGGACACAGAGCCCUCUCCACCAAUGACCUGUUGGAGGCACUGGUGCAUCCGGACGUUAUUGCCCUUGCUGCAAAGCUGAUUGUGGGCAGACAUGGUUGUGGAUGAAGAGAGAGUCUGCUUCCCUCCCAGUUACAAUAGUGAAUGUGUAAUGAGGACUUGAUUCAAAGGCCAAUGAGAACCAGCAUGAUGCCUAUAAAGAAGUCAUUCAAAUUUAGAAUCGGUAUAAACAGAAAUAAAGUUUCAAUAAAUAAAACAGCAAGAAAACUUUAAUUUGUAGUACAAUGUGUAGUACUUGUGUAUUGAUCUAGUAUUUCUCUCAUGAAUUCUGUUUUCUUCUCCUUCCUCCUUUUCAGUUUGGCGUCAUUAAAAAUAAAACCACCAUUAAAACUGUA